AUGGGGCUCUUCAGUAUUCCUGAACUCAACACCCGCCUGGGCACCUGGCGGGCCUAUCAUCUGGCAGCGAUCGUCUUCAUCUCCUCUUUCCUCUCCGCCUAUGACUCGGGAGUUGCUGGUGGAAUCCUAAGCUUCACAUCCUUUCAAAAUGACUUUGGCUACACCAGCAAGCACCAGUCCAAGGUCUCGUCACUUACGGUGGGCUUGGGCCAACUAGGAUCUUUCAUCGCAGCUCUCUUCGUCUAUCCGUUGACGAACAAAUAUGGGCGCAAAAUCGCCAUUAUCGUCUCAACUGCCCUCUUCGUCGUUGGAGUUAUUAUUCAGCUUAUCAACACCCACUCGCUAGCGGCUUGGUAUGUUGGUCGCGUUGUGGCCGGUCUAGGCAUGGGUGGACAGAGUGUCGUGAUUCCCAUGUACUCUGCAGAGAUGACGCCCAAGGAGAUUCGCGGUCGCUGUGGUUCAUUCUACCAGUGGCUCUACACAUGGGGAGUUUUCACUGCAUACUGGGUUGACUAUGGCGUCGCCAAGAGCACAUCGAUUUCGGGCACAUCGCGUGAAUGGCAAAUUCCGGUCGGUCUCCAAUUGAUCUCUGGAGGCCUUCUCUUCAUUGGCACUUUCACCCUCCCAGAAUCUAUCCGCUGGCUCUUGUCGCAGAACCGUACUGAUGACGCCUGGAAGUCUAUUGUUUGGAUCCGCGGUGGUGAUACACCGAAGACCCGUGAUGAAUUCGCAGAGACACAGUUGGGACUUGAAGCUGAGCGUGUCGAGCGAGAAGGAUUCUCUCUUCGUGAGCUGCUGGAACCGGCCAAUCGUCUCCGGUUUUUUGUUGGCCCUCUACUCUUCAUCUUCCAGAAUGCGACGGGUAGCAGUGCCUUGGCAGUAUUUGCGCCGCAGUACUUCAAGUUGAUUGCUGGCAGCGGGACUGACCGUAACAUGCUUCUGACCGGUCUGUUCGGUGCUGUCAAGGUCAUCUCAUGCACAUUCUUCAUCGUUUUCCUAGCAGAGCGACUCAGUCGUCGUAUGACGUUAGUGAGUGGCUCGGCUUUGAUGUCUAUUUGCAUGUUGAUUACUGCCCUGAUCGUCGAUUAUAUCCCGACCCAAUCCGCAACUAGCGUCACAGCAGCUGGAAGGGCAACUGUAGCAAUGAUCUACCUCGACAUCAUGAUUUACAACUGCUCAUGGGGCCCUCUGCCCUGGGCUUACGUCCCGGAAAUUUUCCCUACACGCAUUCGUGCUCUUGGUCUGGCAGUCAGCAUGUUGGCUCACUGGGCGUCGUCGUUCUGCUUCUCCUUCGCGAGUCCCUACAUGAUUGCAAACGUCGGUGCCAACACCUUCCUGAUUUUCAUGGGAUUUGACGCCGUUGCUGCUGUUUUCUGCUGGUUCUUUGUUCGGGAGACUCGUGGAAAGAACCUCGAGGUUGCUGCUGGCACGGAAUGGGAGGCUGCUGAACGUAGCUCCUCUGACGAUGGUGAGAAGGGCGGCAUCCUUAAUGCGGAUGGAAAGAGAGUUCAGCUCGUCAGUGUGCAUGAGAAUUUCCACGCUAACAUCAAACACCGGUCUUCGUGA